AUGACUACUGACAGUGCUAUUUCAUCAACAAUAAUACCAUGUCCAGCGACGCCACCACAACUCACAACAGCUGUUACCUAUCAGGAGGUAAAGCAUCAAGAAAAAGAAGCAAAUCACAAUCAACCACAACAAGAAAUUAUCCCAAUACAAAUUGACCAAACUACAACCACCGCCCCAAAUACUUCCUCGUGUUGCAAUUCCAAAACUCGUUUCUCACUAAUUAUCAUAAUCACAACGUGUACUUCAUGUUUCAUAGGAAUUUCUUUAUUAAUUUCAACUGUCAUUGUUGCAGUUAUGCAUUCUCUUGAUUAUGCUCAAGCGCAUGGUGAAAUUUAUGCUUUAAUGAUUUCCAUAUCUGCCUUCUUUCUUGCUGUUGGAUUGGUUACUACUUUGGUUGGGAUUAAAAUGUGGAGAGGAAAGUUUGCAGUGAAUUCAGAAGGGACAGUUGUAAACUCGACAGGUGAACCAAUUAAUUAUUUGGGAGAAGUUACUGAUAUUAAUGUAAAAUUAAACAAUUCAAUGAUCAUUUGA